GUUUUACCGGAAGUACAUUGCUAUUAUUUCCUGCUGGUUUUUUUCUUGCUUUGGAGUUGGAGUAUACUGUACGCAAUUUAGAAAUUCCGAAUAAAUAUAAAAAUCAUGGAUAUUCUCAAAGCAGAGAUUAUGAGGAAAAGGAAGCUCCUCGAAGACAAAGAGCUUAUUGGUGAGUCAAAGAAAUUUUUCAAACGAUCUGAACUUGCCCGGAAAGAGGAAGAAGAAUAUUAUAAAAAAUGUGGAUACAAGGUUGAUAAUGUGAAGCCAACAGGACAGAUGGAGAAGCCAGAGGAGGCGGCGCCCUCCACCUCCUCAAAUCCCGUGCUGGAGCUGGAGCUGACCGAGGAGAAGCUGCCCAUGUCACUCUCCCGACAAGAGGUGAUCAGGCGGAUGCGGGAACGAGGCGAGCCCAUCCGGCUCUUCGGGGAGUCCGACUACGAGGCCUUUCAACGCCUGAGGAAAAUCGAGAUUCUGGCGCCUGAAGUGAACAAGGGCUUAAGGAAUGACCUGAAAGCCGCCAUGGAUAAGAUUGACCAGCAGUACCUGAAUGAAAUCGUGGGCGGUCAGGAGGCAGGGGAGGUGGACACACAGCACGACCUGAAGGUCCAUGAGGAGAACACCACCAUCGAGGAGCUGGAGGCGCUUGGAAAGUCUUUGGGAACUGGAGAUGAUGAUGGAGACAUGGAUGUCAUUAACAAAGUGUUAAAGUUCCUCCUGGGAGUGUGGGCCAAGGACCUGAACAGUCGGGAGGACCACGUGAAGCGGAGCGUGCAGGGCAAGCUGGCCAGCGCCACGCAGAAGCAGACCGAGUCCUACCUCAAACCGCUCUUCAGGAAGCUGCGUAAGAAGAUUCUUCCUGCCGACAUCAAAGAAUCGAUCACAGACAUCAUCAAAUUCAUGCUGGAGAGAGAGUAUGUCAAGGCCAACGACGCGUACCUGCAGAUGGCCAUAGGGAACGCCCCCUGGCCCAUCGGGGUGACCAUGGUGGGCAUCCAUGCCCGUACCGGGCGAGAGAAGAUCUUCUCCAAACACGUCGCACACGUCCUCAACGACGAGACUCAGAGGAAGUACAUCCAGGGACUGAAGAGGCUGAUGACCAUAUGUCAGAAGCACUUCACCACCGACCCCUCCAAGUGUGUGGAGUACAAAGCCCUCUGAUCUCCCAGCCUACUCUCCUGUGUCUGUGUGCAGAGGUCAAAGGUCGUCUUUCUGCAUUGCAGUUUUAUGCCAGUGUAAAAGGGACUGGUCUGUCUGUACAGCAUCUUUUGUAUCUCUUUGAACUCUACACGGUCAUGUUCUUCGUUCUUUUCACCAACUUUCCCUGAAUUAUGGGAUAGACAAGGAAAUGUUGUUUUGUUUAACUACAAGGUUUGACCACCUUUGUUUUCAUUUAGCAUAGUAUGAUACAUUAUUAAACCAGUGUGUGUAAGUUUUAUUAUGCAGGAUCUGGCCAUUUGAAUAUGUUGAAUAUGCAUAAAUUAGUCACAGGUAAACAGCAGUAUACAUUCAUGUAAUUAAAUUGAAAACUCACUUUGACCUUUUGCUUGUAUUUAAAUUUUUAGUGCUGGAUAGAAUAAGGCUUGCUUAUUUAAUACUGAUUAUGUCUAUUUUUUAAACAGUAAAAUGUUGCUUGGCCACACAAAA